GUUUGCUAGAGACAUUCGUGGUGUGAACAUACGUUUGUAUGUUGAAAUUAGCAACAAUUUAAUUUUGUGCUAAACACUUGGCAACUCAAAAUACAUAUGUAUAUAAUACAUACAUAGAAACAUAUGCAGAUGCAGUGUAAAUAAGCAACAAAAUUAGCGGUCGAGUCGCUAGAGUAAAACGACAAAACCAAUCAUGAAAAACAAGUGAAAAAUGUAGCAACAAAAAAAUGUAAUUUACGGUUGUGCAUGUAUUUAUAUUUAUUUGUGUGUGAGAACGCUCUAAGCGGGCAAAAACAACAAACCACGAGAUUUUAAGUGCAGUGGUGCGUUCGUGUGUUAAAUCAUUUUUUGUGUAUUUGUGUGGCGUGUGUGAAAAGAAAUAAUUCUUUGGCAUUUUGCAUAACAAAACCCACAACGCAAGCAGCCCCUGGGCAAAUAUAAUAACACGAGUGACAAAACAAAAAAAAAUAAAAUAAAAAGCACACACACACACUCAGACAGACUUACAAAUCGUAUACGCAGCCAGCAGCUGAAGCAGCAGCAGACGGACGCCUACGUCAAUAAGCAAAACGGCGGCGAUCCUAAUGAUGAUGUUGCCAAUGUUGGGGGCGAUGUCGUUGCACAACAACAACAACAACAACAGCAAUUGCCACUACAGCUGCUGCAACACUAGCCAACAUUGAAAGCAACACCAACACAACAACAGCGGCAACAAGCAGGAAAUAAGCCAGACACAUGUUGCUGCUACAAUUGAAACGAGAACAACGAGGAGAGCAACAGCAACAACGAUGCUUAGCGCUGCCAAUGCAACAGCAGCAGCAACAGCAACACACACUGCAGCAGUUGCCGCUGGCGAAACUUAUGUGAUAACAAAUAAACACCACCAUCAACAACAGCAACACGCGCAGCAACAACAACAACAGCAACAUUUUGUUGUUGCCGCCAACACAAUGGUUAUACCAGCAACAGCAGCAGCAGUCGCCGGUAUACCAACAGCAACAACAACAACAACAACCACAGCAGCAGCGGCAGCAGGAGUUGAGACAGCACAGCCCCAACAGCAACAGCAGCAGCAGCAACAUGUGUUGUUUCAGCCACAAUUACAGUUACAAACAGCAGCAACACCUCAGCAACAGCAGCAACAGCCGUCGCAGCCGCGACAGCAUCCCAAGAAGCGCAAAUUUGAUCCAGCUGAGCUGGACAAAGCCGAGCAACAGCAACAGCAACAUCAGCAUCAACACCAGCAGCCACAACAACAGCAGCAACAACAACAUCAGCCGCAGCAGCAACAACAGCAUACGUUGCAUAAGCAACAGAAACCCGCCGAUACAAAUGGCAACAGCGAUGCGAUGUCCAAUGGCAAUGUUGCUGCCGUGCAGCAACAUGCAUUGGCGUUGCGCAGCAUGAUUGUCGGCUCGCCAGCAACAAUAAAUUGUGCAGGUGCAGGUGCAGGCGCCAGCAACAGCAACAGCAGCGAUAUCAGGCAGCAGCAACUGCAACGUAUUAUAAUCACAUCGCCACUGCAACAUGCGACAAGUGCAAAUAGCAAGCAGCAUGUUGCAAGCAACAACAGUAGUCAUGCAGCAAUCAAUCAUCAUUCGCGUACACACACUCCCGUCUACUAUCAACAACAACAACAGCAGCAACAACCACGUUUUAGCUUUAUAUCACACAACAAUCAGCAACAUGUACAGGAACAACAGCAACAACAGCAGCAGCAGCCGCAACAACAACAACAGCAGCAGCAGCAACAACAACACGAGCCUGUUGCUUUACUCGAUCUCAGCGAAUGGACAAAUACGCGUGUCCUGGCCAAAGUUGGUAAAUUUUAUGCACCCGGCAUCAUACGACAAGUGCAUGAGGCAACCACAGCGGCCACGCCCACAGUUACAGCCAAUACGCCCCACUCAAUACUCGUGGAAUUCGAUGCCGCCGAAUUUGGCCAACAGCUGUAUCAGGAUGUAUUGCAGCUGGGACGCUACAAUGUGAUACUCGAUGCCAGUCCGCCCAUGGCUGAUAUCACGCUGGAGGCGCGCGUUUGUGUGCGUCAACGUGUGGAGGGUCGCAACGUGGGAUGCGUCUAUGUGGAGGGCAUCCUGAUGGACAUCAAUCAGGGCACCAAGCAAUAUACCGUGCAAUUGGCCAAUGACGACGUUCCCAAUACGAAGGUUGUACGUCGCGCCGAUUUGCGUCUCCUGUUGCCGCCCUGGUGGGACGAGCUCAAUGAGCUGACGCCUACGGCCGCCAAGCGAAAGCCGGAACCGUCAACCGCUGGUGCAGCUGGUGCAGCUGGUGCAGCUGGUGUUUAUCCCAAGGCGUUUGUGGCCACGGGCUACGAUGGCAAGCUGCCCACGAGCACAUCUUCGGGUGCACAGCAACAGCAGCAGCAGCAGCAAAAACAUGAGUAUUAUCGUGCGGCUGCCACAUCGCCAUUCCAGGGCGGCGUGGUGCCACCGCCGCCACUGUUGGCCCAUGUGGAGCAGCAGCAACAACAACAGCAGACCAAUGGUCUGCCUGAUAUUGUGAUCUCGCCUGGUAGCAAUGGACAGCAGCAACAUCAUCAUCUGAAAAUGCACGUGCCAUCGCCAGCGCAGCAGCAGCAGCAACAACAACAACAGCAGCCGAGAAGCUACGACGACUACGACUCGGAUGAUGAGCUGAAACGGGUCGGAAUCGGUUACUCACCGGCCGCUGGCGAUGUGGAUGCCGAGAAGAUGAGCGCCUGCAGCAAACGCAGCAGCAUGCAGAGUCGCGGCAGCACAUCCAGCUUACUCGAUCAGAGGCUGACACCACGAUCUCAUCCGGCAACUCCAAGAUCUCAGGCAACGACGCCGCAUCGCUUCAAGAAGGGCGACAUUGUGGAAUCGGAGUCCGGAGUGCGCAAGAAGUACAAUGGAAAGCAAUGGCGACGUCUCUGCACGCUGUGCAUGAAAGAAUCUCAGCGGCGCGGCUUUUGUUCCAGGCAUUUGAAUCAGAAGGGCAACAAUGCGCUGCCCUCAUCAACGGGGCCAGGUCGUUUUCUCAGUGAUAGCCGAUCGAGCAGCAAGACGCAAAACGAUGAGGACACGUCACGCGACUCGGAAACAUCGCCCAACUAUCGUGUCACGGGUCGCUAUGAUCAGGAGGAGGCCGAUGUGGCCGCCAUGUUAGUGUCACUGAGCAGUUCACGCUCUGCAACGCCAUCGUAUACAUCACCCGUGAAUCAUGCCGGCGCCUCGCCGCUCAACGCCAUCAACGCUCACUCUCCGGUCAAUGUGUCCAACAACAGGCAAAACUUUUUUACGCCCAUUGCAAAUCAGUCGCAGCAGCAGCAGCAGCAACAACAACAACAACCUCAGCAGCAACAUGUGAACACUGUUGCUGCCGUGCCGCUGGACAGCAAAUGGAAGACAACACCCAGUCCGGUGUUGUACAACACAAAUAGCAACAACAACAACAACAAUAGUAACAGCAGCAGCAGCAACAACAACAAUGGCUGGGAGAGCAGUCAAACAGUGCAGCAGCAACAGCAACAUCAUCAACAGCCGCCGCCACCGCCACAAACAACGGCUGUAUCUUUGGUGAUGCAUGCACCACCACCACAACAGCAACAACAACUGCAACAACAACAACCACCUGCCGCUCAUCUCAAUGCGCUGCCAGCGCCACCUAGCGGCCAUGCGACCAGCGUAAUACGCAUCUCAAGCAGCCAACAGCAGCAGCAACAACAACAAUUGCAACAACCAGCGCCAACUCAACAGCAGCAACACCAACAACAGCAGCAUGUUGUGGUAUCCACUGCUGGUCUUCAGAGCUUUCAUCCCGUCAUUGUGAAUGCCACGCAGUUGUCGCAGAUUCAGAAUUCAUUGCCCGUUUCCGUUGCCCAACAGCAACAACAACAACAGCAGCAACAACAACUGCCGCCCACUUCGGUUUCGUUUCAUCCACAUCCGCCAACCACGCCCACAUCCGUUGCCGUGGCACAGGACAAGGCGUUGCCAAAAAACGGCUACAAUGCGGCUAGCUAUGCGUGGCACAAGCUACUGCCGCAAAUGCCGGCCAUGACCAAAGCACCGCCAGCAACAGCGGUGACAACGACAACAACGAACAGCAAUUACAGCCUGGCAAUGAUGCAGCACCAACAUCAGCAACAUCAGCAGCAUCAGCAACACCACCAGCACCAGCAGCAACAACAGCUGUCGCCGCAACAAACGCCACAAUUGCCGGCAACAACGGCAGCACAACAGCAACCGUCGCUCAAUCACAACAACAAUCAUUUGAUUGUGCCCGCACCGCUUUCAUCGCCGGGGAAGCCCCUCAACUGUUCGAUGAAUGACGCUAAGGCAGCGGCAGCAGCAGCGGCGGCGGCAGCAGCAGCAGCAGCAGCAACUUCAACUGCAACCAGCACUGCGGAUGAGCCAGAUGAGCCUGAGGAGCAGCUGGACGAUGAUGUGUUUGAGCCCACAACGCCCACUGUGGCAUCCACAUCGAAUGGCAAGAAGGCAACGACGGCAGCAAUGCGCUUGCCCACCUACAACAGCAACAUACGCAAGCUGGAUGAAUGUCACGAUGCCAGCGAUGGUGUGGCAGGUGUGCCAACAACCUCGGCAGCCAAGCGACGCAGUCAAUCGCUUAGUGCACUCCAACAGCAGCAGCAGCAACAACAGCAGCAGCAGCAACAACAACAGCAACAGCAACAACAGUCGACUGCAAAGGCAGCUGAUAAGAAGGUGCGACGUCCGAUGAACGCUUUCAUGAUCUUCUCGAAGAAGCAUCGCAAGAUGGUGCACAAGAAGCAUCCAAAUCAGGACAAUCGUACGGUCAGCAAGAUUCUUGGCGAAUGGUGGUACGCCCUGAAGCCGGAGCAGAAGGCGCAGUAUCAUGAUCUGGCCAAAUCUGUGAAGGAUGCACACUUUCAGCUGCAUCCGGAUUGGAAAUGGUGCUCCAAGGAUCGUCGCAAGUCCUCCACAUCGGGCAAAGGCGGCGCUGCGGCCGCUGCCAAUGCCACAGGUGAUGGCAAGCAGCGUCUGGUCUCUGUUGAUGGCUCCGAUUCGCUGGAGGAUGACAUGUGCCCAUCAACACCCGGUGGCAGUGGCAGCGGUGGCGCCCAAGCCGUGGAACUGCAGGGCGACAUCAUUCCACUGACCAUUGACAAUUAUAACAUUGCCUGCGAUGAGACGCCCACAACCAUUGCUGGCCAGGCACAGGGCAACUGCAAAGCCAAGCAGCCAAAGAAUGAGCUGCAGUCCGAUGAGGAUGAGCAUAUGUUGGUGGUGGAAGAUGAGCAGCCGCCGAAUAAACUGGAUCUGCAAUGUCGUGAGCGUGUCAACGACUUGGAGAUGGAUGAAUCGCCCUACGAUUAUCGCAAGCAACAGCAGGAAACGGAUCAACGUCCGCAGGAGGAUCAUGCAAGUGCCUGCAAUGGACAGGCGAUGUCGGCUCCAGCGUCUGGAAGUGAGCGUGAGAUAACGCUGAAACCGAAGGCCAUUAAAGCUCAUCCGGGGCUGGAGAGCACCAUGCUGCCGUAUCCACAGAUGCCCAUGUAUACGCACUACACUAGUCCCAAGAAUCCAAUCGGUGUAACACCAUUCCAACCCACAGGCGGCGCCUUCAAGUCGAUGCCCAUCAGUCCCAAAGGCAGCAGCAGUUCCUCCGGUUGCAAAUCGGAUGAACAACAGCUGCAGGCACACAUCAAACAGGAGGACAUCAAACAGGAGCCACCAUCGCCCUAUAAGCUCAAUGGCAACAGUGUUGCUGCUGUCAGUCUCAACGCUGGCCCGCCCACCGGUGGAGUGAUCAGUGCCCCACCGCCCACCAGUGCCGUUGGUGCCAUCUUCAAUUUCAAUGUGCCAACUGCAACGGCUCUCAGCCAGAAGCAAUAUCACUAUCCCAUGCAUCAUGCUCUAUGCAGUCCCACAGAUGUCAGAGCUCACCAGGCCUGUGUGCCCAACUCCCCGGCGGCAGUCAGUCUGGGGCAUGCGGCCAGCAUUGCCACACCGCCCGCAUCGGCGCCGGCGCAAAUUUUGGGUCCAGCGGGUCCAACACCUCCUCAGAAAAUGUUCUUUGCCAUGGGUCAUCCCUAUCCACUGCUGCCGCGUUCUCAUCAGCAGAGCACUUCCAGCCUGGAGCACCUGCAGCUGGAGGCUUUUGCACCUAGCUACCUCUUCAAGAAGCACAACGGUGGUCUCGGAGUGCAAGGGGCACCUCCUCUGCCGCAGGUUAGCGGACAGACGACCAUGCUGUUGCAUGGUUAUGCGCCCAGCAGCCAACACAGCCAGGAUCAGCAGCCGGCAAGCUCGCCAUCGUACAAGUCAAUGCCCUCCACACCCAAGUCGGCGUCUUAUCAUCUGAGUGCACCGCCCGAUUCGGCGGGUAAACGCAGCUGCGAUGCCAUCGCUGCCGAGGAUACCGAUGUUGAUGUGGAUGUGGAUGCCGAUGGUCAUCCGUUUGUCCUGGCGCCGACGCCGGCACAACUGGGACGUGCACCGCUGCAGCGUCGCAAGAAUCUAUCUCAAAGUAAAUCGGACAACAAUGUGAACGCCAGUGGCGGAUAUGGAGUCAACAAUGGUCAGCACAUUGGACGCAAGCUGCACUCGCCCACGAUGAUGGAUGUGGCCACCUCAUCGCCAAUUAUUGGCCAUGUGAAUAGUAGCAGCCUCAGCUCGGCACUGCCAACGCCAACCUCAUCGACCACCACGCCCAACAGCGAUGAGCAACUGCCUCUGACGCCGACAGCCAUAAGCAACAUGGGCAACAUGGGCAACAACUCAAGUGGCCAGUCCAAGUCGCCGCUGAGAAAUGUGCCUGCUUCUGCGCCUGCAGUGGUUGCUCACAAGAAGAAGAGCGAUGAAGUAAACAACGUGCUCAAGCAAGUGGACUUUGAGAAGAAGUACAAGGCUCUACCUCAGUUCAAGCCGGAGGAUUGCCAAUCGCCCAGCGCCAUUGCUGUGCCCUCCUCGCCGCGCGUCUAUGGCACCAACUAUCGCAAAAAGAAUGCAGUACCGCCGCCAGUGCAGAAGCUGAUGGGCGAGGAUGAUUCGAUUGAUGAGCCCGCUUCGGCGCCGCCGACAACCACACAGCGUUUCUUUGGUGCAGACUUUAACAAUGAUCUGAGAGGUAAAGCACAUAGCCCACAUAUUUGCGAUAGCCGAUCAGGAACUAAUCUUCAAUUUGCUGCAGAACUUGAGACCGGCGAUCAAACGGGACGCUCCCCCCGGACACCCAAAACGCCGUUGCAGAGCGCACGCUCCGAUGCCAGCGAGAAGGGACACCGCAAAGUGCUGGAGACACGCCGCAAUUUAGUUAUGCAACUGUUCAACGAGCAUGGCAUGUUUCCAACCGCACAGGCCACCAUUGCCUUCCAGACCAAACACAUUGAUGUCUUUCCACGCAAACAAGAUCUGCAGCUGAAGAUACGCGAGGUACGCCAGAAGGCGCUUGGACAUCCAGCCUAUACACCCCAUUCGGCCGGUCCUAAUACGCCUUCCGACUCCAACUCCUCAUCGGCCACUCUGAGCGCCAAUCUGAAUGCAGCAUCGUCAGAUGUUUUUCCAUAUUACUAUACGGCAGGUAUGCACCAACAACAUCAACAGCAGCAGCAACAACAAUUCGCUGAACAACAACAACAACACCAGCAGCAGCAGCAACAACAACAACACUUUGCCACAGACGAAUCAUCCAAGCAAAACAAACGAUAAUGAUGGAUUAUCGUUUUAAUGGAUUACAGGAUCAGGACGUGAACGAAUUUGAUUAGCUGCGAGUGACAAAUUACUUAAAACUAGUAAAAGAAUUAAGCAAACAACAAUAAUUGCAGCAACGCACACACACACAUACACACACACACACACACACAGACAGACACACAUAGAUACAGCACAUGCAUCAGAUGCAUAUGGGCAACAACAGAAAUAGUUUAUAUUUAAAAGAAAAAAAGCAAACACAAAAUCGAACAGAUAAAAAAAAUUAACCAAUUUUAAUUACAAUGUACUACACAUAUAACAGAGACAGAAA